AUCGUUCUCUCAAGUGCUUGAGCUGGCUUAAAUUUUAGCAUGACUAUUAAUAAAUCUUCUCACAUUUGAUCAUAUUGAGAUAAUUUACUAGCCACCAAUAUCUACAGAUUACCUAUAUAUUCGAUUAACAUGAGCAACUCGGGUAACGCACGGUCCGAAGGCGGAAAGGCUAGUCACCAAGGUGGUAGAAACACCAAUUCUGGCUCUUUUUCCGGCCCCGAUUUCAAUAACCUCUACGAUCAAAAGAGACCCGCCGAUAAAGAGGCCAUCAAAAGACGCGAGAGCAUAUCAGAUCAGUAUAACACCGGGUUUGUAGGCAAGAUGUGGAAACGUUGGGUUUCUGGUACUGUUGGUGAAACAAAAACUUGAACGACGCUUCUUCCGGUCGAUAUGCAGUAGCCACGGAGC